GAGAGAGAGAGAGAGGGUGGGGGGCUUGGCUGGGAGGCUGAGGAGGAUCGUAGAUCUGAGUGCAGAAGAAGAAGAAGAAGAAGAAGCAGCAGCAGAAGAAGAAUCAUCAUCCGACACUUGCUCAUCCCUGACAGCUGCUCAGGACUCCAGGCAUUCUUCCCCCUCACCUCCUCUGGCCUGACUGACCCACCAGCGCAUCACCAUGAACUACCUUCGCCGGCGCCUGUCAGACAGCAGCUUUGUGGCCAACCUCCCCAACGGCUACAUGAUGGAUCUGCAGAGGCCGACCCCUCCGGGAUCGUCCACUUCCUCUCCCGCGUCCCCGGCCACAGAGAGGCGGCAGCCCCCGAGCAUCCCCAUUCAGGCCCAGGGCUCGGGCCCAGCCCCGGCCCCCGCCUCGGGCCCGGCCCCUGGAGCAGCCUCGGGCGCGGGGAGCUUCCUCAGCUCCUUCUCCAGCGUGGUGAAGAGCGCGCAGAUGGCCCAGAAUGUCGCGGCAGCUGCGCACGCUAAAUCUGCGGCGGCGACUGGGGCUGAAGGCGCCUCUGCGGGGAGCAGUCAACCAGCCAAGCCUGUGAUACGCAAACCCAAGAUCCUGCUCGUGAUUGAUGAUCAGCACACAGACUGGGCGAAGUAUUUCCGAGGGAAGAAACUGAAUGGAGAGUACGAGAUCCGAGUGGAGCAGGCUGAAUUCUCAGACAUCAACCUGGCCUCCUACGUCAGCUCGGGAUGUAUGGUGGACAUGCAGGUCAACAAAGGUGGCACCAAAGUGGUCAGGUCUUUCAAGCCAGACUUCGUCCUGGUUCGCCAGCAUGCCUACAGCAUGAUUCCCGGCGAGGACUUCAGGAACCUUGUGAUUGGCCUGCAUUUUGGCGGCGUCCCCAGCAUCAACUCUCUCUUCUCCAUCUACAACUUCUGCAGCAAACCUUGGGUUUUUUCUCAGAUGAUUAAGCUCUACCACUCCCUUGGCCCUGAGAAAUUCCCCCUGAAUGAACAAACCUUCUAUCCCAACCACACGCAGAUGAUUACAACCCCUUCCUUCCCUGUGGUUGUCAAGAUGGGACACGCCCACGCUGGCAUGGGAAAGAUUAAAGUGGAAAACCAACAGGACUUCCAGGACAUCACCAGUGUGGUGGCUCUGGCCGGGACCUACGCCACCACCGAGCCCUACGUCCAGUCCAAGUAUGACAUCCGCAUCCAGAAGAUCGGCACCAACUACAAGGCAUACAUGAGAACAUCCAUUUCUGGCAACUGGAAGGCAAACACAGGCUCUGCCAUGUUGGAACAGAUCGCAAUGACUGACAGAUAUCGAAUGUGGGUGGACUCCUGCUCUGAGAUGUUUGGUGGCCUGGACAUCUGCGCCGUGAAGGCCGUCCACGGAAAAGACGGCAACGACUAUAUCAUCGAGGUGAUGGACAGCUCCAUGCCUCUCAUCGGCGAGCAUGUGGAGGAGGACAAACAGCUGAUCACGGAGAUGGUCAUCAAUAAAAUGGCCCAAGUGUUGCUCGGAGUUUCCACGCCUCAGCCUGCCUCUGUUAAGACCACACAACCAAGACGAGGAGGACAACGCUCUGCUUCUGCCUCUCCGUCUCAGUCAGCCCAGGGGUCGCCUCAGAGAGCCCGGUCAGCCAACACCUCUCCCAGCCAGGCCUUCCAGCCCGGCCCCAUUCCCGCCCCUACUGGACCUGGAGCUCAGAAACAGUCACCACAGCUGAACAAAUCCCAGUCGCUGACAAACACCUUCACAGAGACGCUAAGAGGAAGCCUGACCGACGACGAGGCCAAAGCUGAGACCAUCCGCUCCCUCCGACAGUCCUUCGCCAGCCUCUUCUCCGACUAAAACGUACCCGUCACUCAUCAGGUUUAAAAAAUGAAAAAAACAAAAACAAACAAACAAAAAAAACACCCUAACUGCUUAAUCUGUUAUGGAGUCGCGCCUCUCUUCCAAAUCUCAGCUUCCUGUUCCUUCUCUUUCCUUCUACAUGUGUGUGACGUCUUAACACCUAGUGCAACCUACUGUCCUCAGAUCAAUGAUGAGUCUACCACUAGAAAGGCCAAGCCAAUUUUAAAGGCUGUGUUUGGCUGGAUGUCAGUACAGACAAACUAACAAACCAAACCCCACUCACUUUUCUGUGAUUUUUACUCUAUCGUCUUGUCUGUGUCUUCUCAAGCUACUGCAGCUGUCUCCCUAAACCCAUAAUGCUUUGUGUAGUUACUGCUCUGCAUCGCAUUUGCAAUUUAGUUUAGAGUUCGAACACAUCAGUGUAAAAAAAAAAAAAUUAGAUUAGCUGAUGUCUGUUUUGGCCUUUCUAGUAGUAAAUGAUUUCAGUAAAUAGUCAUAUUCUAGCUCGUGCUGCUUGGUAUGUAAUCGUCCUUCUGCAUUAUCUUCGUCCAACCGGUGAAACUAUUUAUGUGUUCGUAUUUCUGCUUUUAGUUACAUCUAUCUUCAUGAUUUCGAUUGACACACGGCUUCCAAAUUGUUUGCAGAUUUCAACGGCAAUAUUCUGACCCGAUACGGUUCCACUUAACUCAUAAAUGUACUGAGUCCUCACGGUUCACCAGCGAUCUUUCAAGCGUCUUAGCCAGCAGCAGCAUUCCUCAGACAUCCAUGUGCUGUAGACACACACACUGGCUCACGUAGUGACUCCUCCUCUACCUUGGCCUGACAUUACCAAAGUGCUUUUUGAUAAAACAUUUAAAAAAAAAAAAAGAGUCCCCCCUGCGCUGGGUCGAGAAAACAGUCUCGCAGCUAAAAAAACGUUUGAGCUCGUGAUUUUAACAAGGUGCAAACGCUGUACUGACUUACAGCCAUGGUCUUCCGUCACAGCUCAGAUCUUCCCCCCGCAGUUGCUCCUUUUCUUUCCAUUUUGUUUUUCGUGAAUAGAACUACAGAGUGUUCGUUGUGGCGUCUGCUGGGUCUUUAAAGUUGACCAGUGAGGAUGUAAUCUUUCGAGAUGUAUAAUGUGCUUAAUCAUCAACAGGGAAGGUUGGUUUCUGUUUUAUUUCACCACGAGCAUCAUUUCUCAUCAUCUUUUUUAGUUUUUAGGAGUGAAAACAAUGUGUUUUAUGGGAACUGUCAUUUUGUUAGGACUUCCUAGAAAGUCACCCAGAAAGAACAAUAGGUUUUGUGAAAUUAUGGAGAACGUUCUGAAUUCUUGUGGCUUACUGUAGCUGGACUUGCUGUAGAUCUUCAGAAAAAUUUCCUUUAAAGCACCGGUCUAAAUGCUUUAGAUGGAAUUUGCAUACACACUGUAGCCUACAAAGAAAAGCAAGUCAUUGGUAUCUAACUGGUUAAAAAACAUAAAUAAAUAAUAAUAACUCAGCUUCAUAAUCAAAAAGUUAUCACAAUCAAAAGUCAUUUAGUAGAGUGCCAACGAUCUGAAUUUCAUUCUCAACUACGACCAAAUGACUGUAUAUGUUUUACAGGAAACGACGCUGAAUCAUCUUUUUCCGUGCAAACCUUGUUGCUACCAACUCACAGAAGCAGAUCAACUGUUCAUUUGGUUUUGCAUGCAGAGCACAAUCACAAUCUGAUGAUUUUUAAAUUGGUACUUUUGCUGGAAAUCAUCUCGGUGUCUGAUAGUUGCCUUCAUAACUAUCAGUUUUCCCCCUUUUAAUUGAAUUUAUAGGGAGAAUCACAGGUUGCAGGAUCUUUGAUUAUUUGAUUUUAAAUGGACCUGUCAUGACUCCAAAUAAUUACAAUAAUAAUAAUAAUAAUAAUAAUGAUAAUGAUAAUAAUAAUAAUAAUAGGACCUGUUUUACUGUAAAAAUACAAAUGCAUGAAGGUGUAUAAAAUUUUGUUGUGGUGUGUGUGGGAGUGUGUGUGUCUAAAGUUGUAAAUGUACUAUUAUUAUUAUUAAUAGUGACUAUUACCACAAAAUAACUAGACAGUUUCGCAAUAAUUAUGUUAAUAAAAAAUUUGAUGUCAUUUUGAUUUGAACGAUGAAACUUGACACUUUAUGAGAAGCUGUUAUUUAUUUACCUUCUACGUCUUUUUUUUUUAUUUUUGCCAAGAGUUACAACUGAAACGAUCUGAUUGGUUGCAUUUAUCUGCAGAGGGUGGAGCAACAGAAUUAGUUAUUGGUGUAGUCAAUCGACUUUUGCUAAACCCCGCCCUCUUAGUUAGUACUAGUGUAGUGUAUUGCUAAAGCUUUUUACAUUUUGUAUGCUUUGAUAACUGCGACAGAUUUUUGACAUUAAAAUGGUGGAACCUGGAGGUGAUACAUUAGCAGCUAGCGUGACGACAGCUGCUGCUAACAGAUAUUAUCUGCUGUAGCUAGUUAGCUAAUACCACUAACGUUGAUGUGAGUUGGUUAAAAAAUGUCUAACUUUAGCUAACGUGUUGCUUUGAAACUGUUCACAACGGGUAAAAGAGUUUUAAAUAUGCACUUGAUUGAUAUAAGCCAAACUUAUCAGGUCCCAAGAAAAAUGUCAGAAUAGAAAAAAGACAAAAUAGUCAAAUGAAGUAUUUAUUGUUAAUUAGCUCUAGAAGGGAAAAUGUAAGCGUCUAUCUUACCUUAAACUGAUUAGCUGCUUAGCAUACCUAACAUGGAAACACUUUAUUGUUUGUAUUUUAAUACUAAUAUUCUACUUUUGUAAAGGUAUUCAAAAUGAUGACUUGCCAAUAUGGUGACAUAGCCAUGUAAGUAAUGUUAUGUUGGGUAAUUGGUUGUGUUUUUAUUUUGUUUGUUUGUUUUUCCCCCUUCAAAUCUUAUGAAUACAUACUACACAUUUUGCUAACUCCAACACAACACCUUGAACUUUUAGGUUUUCACCGAAGGCAUUGAGCUACGUUUUUUUUUUCUUUUUAUUUGGUUUUUGGAAUUUUAUUUUUGAAAAACAGUAAUGCUGUCUGCUAUUACACAACCAGUGUGUAAAAUUUUGCAGUGGGCUUUUCUAGAAUGAAAGCAAAGACACUCUUAUUUUCACUAACCAAUGAAAAUAUACUCUUACAUUGUUUCUGCUAGUCAAUUUCAUCCAAUCCUGCACACUGGUCCGUCUUACUUUCUAACUUCCUACAGUCAUUCACUGUAAUAAUUCCACCUCGGACUGUUUGGAAAAGUAAAAAUUCUCAUUUUCAGUCUGUUUUAUCUCUGAGUUAAUGCAUUGCUUUGUAAUUGAACAUUUUUGCAAGCAAUUCCUAACCAGGCACUGUGUCAAAAAUGGACCAAAUUAGCAUAUCUUUGUGAGACCCCUCGAAGGUUAAAAUCAUCAUUGUUCUGUGUUCGUUCUAAAGAUUAUUACCAUUUAGUAUAUGAUACUGCAGUGUAAUAAGCCAUAACCAAACCAUGAGGUUUAACGAUCCCUUAUGUGCCACGUAAUAAUGGCUGUGACAUCGCUGAUAAAUCGACAUAUUAACUUUGAUCACUGUGUUCGUGGCCUCUCCUGCCCAGCAGAGACCCACAGCAGCAACUGCUUCUGAUUUUGAGCUCAAAAGAUAUCAUACCCCAUGGUUUAAUGAUGUGCUAUUAGUACUUCUGGUAGAAUGAAAGAUAAACUUUGAUGUCACUUUUCUUAGUUUUAACGCACUUUGGGUUAAGAAUGCAGUUUAGGAUCAACUUGUUUUUUAGUUGCGGAACAGACAAGUUCUCUCACUUGUCUUCUAUCGCUUGACACACCUGAUAAUUUUGACUCAAUUGGAAUUGAGCUGCAAGGGUUUAUUAGUAACUACCUCAAGUUCAGCAGUGCUCUGUUGAAACUGACUACACAGUGGUAGUACUGGAGACGAUUUUGUGAAAUGAGCAGUGUGUUUAUUGUACAUUGACUACAUCCUUGUUACUCAUCUGCCCACCACCACAUAAAUCCUGUCCAAACGAUUUUAUUGGCCUGGCAGAUCUUUGCCAAGGGGUUUCAGACCAAACACGGUCCUCUUUAAGACUAGCAUACACACUGGACAAAUCGAGAAGCAAUGUGAUGUAAAGAGGCCAUGGAAUUUCAUCGUUAAUUCGUCAAGUUGCAACUUUCUCUUCCCAGGCAAACAAAUCCUUUGGUGACAUGAAGUAGUAAAACUAACCUCAAAUUUGAGGUGAUAACCAGUAAAAAUGUGAAGUUCAUUGGCAUAUGACGGAAACAAGGAGUUGCCCAAACAUUUACGGCAAGGAAACACCGUCCACGACUUUGGUUCCAACCACCGAAUUCUCUGUGCGUGGGCUGGCAGCGUUGGAUGAACCUAGACUGAGCUGGGUCAUUGAUUGACGUUAUUUUCUGUUCAAGUAGAGAGCUGUGCUUGCAAGAAGAGCUAUCGCUGACCCUGUAUGAGCAAUAAUUUUACGUUCUGCUUGUCUCACUCAGAAACAUUUUGGUUGGGUAUUAUAAAAGUGGGUUACCUAGGCCACCAGGACCUGAAAUGUGCACUAGUGACAAACUGUCUACAAAGUGACGGGUGAUAAGCAUAUACACAUUAUAUAUGCUCACAUAUGGAGCUUUAGCCCACUCCAAUGGAAUUAUAUCUAGUUAAAAUACACCAACUUGGCCCUGUCUAUGCCAAAAUGUUAAUGGUAGAUUCGUGAUGACAGCCUGUAGUUUAGUAAUGAAGUCUUUACUUCCUGAGACCCGAAUUUUUAUUUGGUCUGCAUUUUUAAUUCCUCCAAGGUAUUUGGGAUUAGUAGGACCUAAGACAUAUAAAAACUAAGCAUCAUCUUUGAACAGGAAGUAGUAGUUUUAAAAAAAAUAAAUAAAUAAAACUCAUAUGUGGACACUGGGAUUACAUCAUUUAUAUUACAGUAUAAAGAAGUCACCAAUGUGUGACAAAAAAAAUAAAACCUUUUAUUUAAAUACCCGAACAUGGCUGCAAAAUGACAGAAUUGCAAACAGUGAUGUCCCAACGUCCUCAAACGAGUAUUUGCUAAUUAGCAAAAAUUGCUAAUUUGUUAAAUUUGCACGUCAUAUCAAACUAGAAAUGUUAAUAAGCAGAAAUAAAUACGUUUCAACCUUUGCUAACACUUCAUGGCAGACUAAAGUGUCCACUAAUGAGGACAAUGGGUUUAAAUGAAGCAGAAUAAGCUGCAACAAAAUCUAAAACUUAACGUCUCCGUAUGAGGCAGGUACUCAGGAGGUUAAAGGCAGUGGUACAAAUAUAAAGACAAGUUGGGGGUAUCCACUUAAAUUUCCAUUGGGUACUCUUUAAGGUUAGUACUAGCCUCGUGUAAAGUAAGCAUUUGGAUUUCAUUACACUGUUACUCUUCUGUCUUUCACUGCAUGAGGCUCACUCAUAUGAUUUAAUUGGCCCAGCAGAUCUUAGCUGAAGCAUAAUCAGUUCCCAAUAGAGUGACUUCAGACCAACCUUUCACUACAGAAAUGUUUUGGGCAGGGAAAGUUGCACUGGCUUCCAAGCUAGGUUAUUACAGUGCUUCUUCUUCUUCUUUUUUUUUCUUUUUUAAUUUUUGUUCUCUCUUUAUGGAUUCCAGCUGUCAGAGAUUAUAAAUAUAAUUUGGCUUGUUAAGUGGUGUGUUUCAGCACCAGCUCCACUCCAAAUAUCUGCGUCUUCAAAAUCCUGUUGCUGGUGUCACAUGUUGGUGUCCUUUUACAGUGCGCGGAGAGCUUGUGCUCAUUUCACAAACUGUUGCGAAACAGUUGCAUCGCUUUACCCCCGUCACAUGAUUUCCAGUUAUAUUAUUUGGACGAGAGGCAAUACGUUUUUUUUUUAAAAGAAAAAAAAAAUCAUGACCUGGUUGAGCCAUCAGGAUCCACUUCGGGUGUGUUUAAGUGAUAUAAAAGCCUAACGGUGAAUAAAUAUGCAGCCGCAGAGACUUACCAUUAAAUACAGCUGAUACUGCAAGCAAACACCACUUUUAACGUGGCGUACGUCCGUGAGAGAAAUAAUGUCAUUGCACAGGUUAAUUUGCUGAUCUUUCGGUCCACUGUGUCCCUUCCUCUCUGCUGAAUGGUGGGUGGUAUUGUAUGGUACUUUAAGUGUAUUAACGUUCUGUAUAUUGGUGUAAAUGUGGCAUGGAAACCAACCCCUCUCGUGUGCCUCGGGUGCGUAAAUUUGAUCGUUAUGUGAUCUCAGUGUCUGGCUGCUUAUUUGUGAGAAGUGUGAUGCAUCUCAUGUGUUUCUGUAAUUUUAUCAGUAUGAAUAUUAUUUCUGUACUUUCGUUCUUUUGUCUGAAAAAUCAAGAUUUCUGUUAUUAAAAGUUACGACUUUUAUUAUA